CUCUCGAGUCAGUUCUGCACGCGCAGUAGUGAAACUUUCCUUUACCAAGUAUGAUCGUGGUUAUUGGCAACUUUAAAUACGCGCAAAUUUAAAAGUCAAAUGAUUAAGCUCAGUUUAUUAUGCGAAGUUUUUGUAUUAAAUAAAAUAAUAGAAAAGGAUUUGAAGUAAAUUUAAGGUUCUAGUAAAAAAACAAAAAUGUUGCAACCACGUGAACGAAUCCCCCAUCCGACGAUCAUGAGGACUACUGUCAGAAAGUCAGGAUUCCAUGCAAAUUGGUCUCGUAUAUACUGUCCUUUAAUAUCGGUCUUGCUUUCAUUGUUAUUGCAAUUAUGUCAUGCACAAUUAUAUGAUGAUGCUUAUAUAGUCGAACCAACACCAGCUUUGGAAGUGGGAAAGGAAGCGUUAACGACUGUUUUAUUAUUAAAUAAGGACAAAGGACGGAAUGACUUCCCUGGACGGUAUAUUAAUUUAAAACCCGAAGUUGGUCUUUUAACAUCGACAGCUCGGACAUUUAUACAAGAGGGUGUAACCACUGAAUAUGCAACGCAAGUACUUGGCACGACACUUGAUAAUGGCCGGGUUUAUGCACAGUAUUUGAAGAAGAGCUCCCGUGUACUUUUCGAGGGUGUGCCCUCAUACUCUGCUUCUGUGGUAACUAGUUGGGUGGGGGAAUCGACGUCUACUGUGAAAAUAAUGCCCGAACAUAUUAACAAUUAUCUUUUUCCUGAACAUGAAGACAAAGAUAAUCGUUCAACUAUACAACAUAAUCAAUUUGUAGGAAACACAGAUUUUGUUGGUAUCAAUAAUAUAAAAAAAUAUGCAACGGUAAACUUGUCUGAAUCUUCCAAGAUUAAUGUAAAUGCUACAAAAGCUGUAAAUGAAAUUGAAUCGCUAAACUCAGUUAAAAACAAAUGGAAUGAAUUUCAUGAAACUACGGACAACGAUAUUCGUAAAUUGGUAGCAAACAAGGUGUUACCGAUUGCUAACUUGCCCACAUACACCGUCAUCAAUCAGUUUGCACCUAGUGGAUACUCUUCAUCAAAUAACUCUGAAAACUUUUUGCGAGAUCAGCAAGAACAAAAGUUUUCUGUUCAAUUUGGAGAUGACAACAGAUCACCUAAGCUUUACUUUCAGCAAGUUAUAAAUAGCGUCGAUUCUAAUCUUUCUGCUGUGCCGCAGAUUCAACCUAAGCGUUCCUUUUCAACAACAACAUAUUAUGGAUUUGCAGAUUUUGUUACAACUGUUGGAGAUAGCGUUAUCGUAUUUUCCCCAAGUAAAACAACGGAAAAUACUAAUGUUGGGCAUAUAACUUCAAUUUCAGGAGAAGCAACUCUGGGGCAUCGUUUUGAAGAAUUUGUUCCCCCUGCUGCUAUUAACUCUAUUUCUCCAACAUAUGGCACAACGAUAGUAACAAAAACUAAUAGUCCUAUUGAUGACAUCAAGCUAAAAAGUGAAAUUACGAAAGAAAUUACAACAGAAAACAUUGAGUUACAAAAUAAAAAACAAGAAAUAGAAAUGGCUACAGUUGCUGUAACUAGUAACUUUGAUCAAUCAAUACGAAAUGAUUCGGAAGAUGUUUUAGAACAAGAAGUAGUUUUACAAGGUUCCACUUCACUGCAUAGUUCGGAAAUACCAUCAUCAGAUAUAGGUAAAAAUAUUCAAAGUACUCCAAAUGAGAUUAACACUCAAAUGUAUUCAAGACCAUCGGAAGAAGAAAUUCUUGCAAUAUAUGCUUCAUUAUCCAGAGAGGCAAAUAAAAAGCAGACUACCAUUCCAAUAGAAAGUCAUGAAAGCAAUGUUAAUUCUAACUCAAAAGAAACAAAAGAUGUAACGAGUGGUAUAGAAGUACAUGGGGGAGCUACAACCAUAUUCUUUGAAGAGGAUCCCCUUUCAAAUUUCAUAGAACCGACAGGAAUUUUGGAAUUUACUCAUAAAAGCACUAAAACAGAUAUUUCGCAACUAAGCUCUUAUAGCAGCACAAAUGAAUAUUCAAAACUAUCCACUGAAUACGAAGUUAAAACUGCUAAUAUUACACAAAAUAAUAUAAAUUCUGAGAUAGCGAAUAUGGAUAUAAAUGUGACCAAUGAAAACGAAAUGCAAAUAAUAUCUUCUACAUGUAAUAAAUCACUGGGUUGCAGUGACGAAUUUUCAGAAACCAUGACUACAACAGGUGAUCUAAAUUUUGAUACUACAGAAAAUCCAAAUGAAGAGCAGUCUAAUUCUAAUGUUAUCAACACUGAAAAUAGCACCGAACCUGAAGUUAGAACUCCAGCAGUUAUAUUAAAUAAUUUUAUAAUAGAAGAAAUUAAUGAAAAGGAUACAAACGUAAACGAAUCUUGUAUACGUACAUCCCAAGUUUUCCUAACGCAAGUGCCGAAAACUAUUACACUUUCUCCAACAUAUCUGAAAACUUUUACAGAUGGCAACGGUUUAGAAACUAUAACCUCAACAGUUACCCAAACGAACAUAAUAUCAACCUUUGAUAUUACGCAAGCCACCAAACAUUACUGUAUUAAGCCCACUUCCGAGAGUUUCAAUGGUAAUACUAUAUCUAUACAACUAGAAAAACCACUAGAAAUUAAUUUAAGCUCCGAAGCGAUGGAAGAAUUAUCAUUCAAUAAAGAAGAUUACUUACAAGAAGAUAUGUAUUCCACUACAGAAUUUUUUGACACUGAAAUAACAGAUAAUGAUAAUGAAUUCACUACGGGUACUACCGAACGUCUUAGAACAGAUGAAAAUUUAAAAAAAAAUAUACCAGACAAGAAUAUUAAAGAAACUACAUUGGAUGAAAACACAACACUAGUAGCAAGCGAUGAAGAAGAAUCUCUUAUUGAGCACGAAAAUAGCGAUGAAUCUUCAGAAGAAAUUGAACUUCUUUAUAGAACUUUGUAUACAACCUAUACAUAUCUAACAACAUUUUUCCAUGAAAAAACUACUAGCAUAUCAAGUCAUACCGAAGUAGUUACAAAUGUCAUAACUUCUACGAUAGAAGUUGAGAACGAUUCUCAGCAAAACUCUGAAGAAGUUUCACUUGAAAGUAAGAUGUUUUCAGCAACUCCACACAACUCUAUAGAAGAACUAUCUAUAACAAAAACUUUUUCCAAAUUUAUGGUACCAAGUGAAGUAGAGAAUUUUGUACGAGAGGAGGAUAACAUGAGUCCAGAAAAAGUUACAAUAACAAAUCAAUUAAACGAUGAAAACCAUAAAAUUGAAACUUAUUACACCACGUAUACAUAUUAUACAACAAUCUUCGUAGAAGGUGAAACAGAAGUUAUGUCACGAACGGAAGUAUAUACAAAUUUGAUAACCUCACCUCUUGCAAUUGAACCAACAAAAACACAGAAUAAUUUUGCAGAAAUUGCAAUAACUGACACAUUAAUUCCUAAGGAAUAUGAUAAUAUAUUUGAGAAUUUAAUAUUAGACACAAUAAUCCAAAAAUCUAGUGACAUUUCGGGAAAAGAAACAUCAUCACAACUACAAUAUAGCACAAUGUCACGACACCCAUCAUCUACGAUAGAAUUACAAGAUUAUGAUAUUACUUUAAUGACAGAUAUUCGUUAUAGUAGUUCAAACGGUGAUAAACAAAUUAUUAACAACCCGAAGGCUCUGAUCAAGCGUAAUGAUACAAUAGACGAUCAAAUAAUUUCAGAAAGCAACACAGAUGAAAUAGUACCAUCAGCUACUCUUUUAUUACAGACCAGUUUCACUACAUUUACAUAUUAUACAACUAUGUACAGUGGUACCAACUCAAAUGUGGUGAGCCACUUAGAAACAAUAACAAGCGUUGCAACUGAAACUUUAACACCUUCCAAAAUGAUAACUUUUGAUGAAGAGGCCGUCACACAGCCGGUAACAUAUUUCACAACUUUUACCUAUUGGACCAAAUUGACUAAAUACGGUGAUGUAACUACUAUUAGUAGAGAGGAGACUAUUACAAAUAUUGCCACUCCUAUGACCAUUACACCUACGUCAACAAAUGAAAUAUCCCAUGAGCAGGAAACAGUCAUUUUAAAUUCAAAUAGCGACCUAAAAGUAGAAAAUAAAGUAGAUAUAACCCCAUCUGCACCGGAAAAUUCAAUUAUUUCUAUGCCAUUCGACGUAAAUGUGAGUAAAAUAGAACCCACCACAUACUAUACUACAUACACGUACUACACGACGUCGUAUGAAGCAAACAAAACCUUAACUGAUUCCCGCUUCGAAACAAUUACAAAUGUAGUUACGCCAACUCUAACAUUACAAAAUACAAGUUUUGCUCAACAAAAAGAUAGUAAAGACGAUGAAAAAGAAACUAAAAUAAACGUUGAAACAUCCCCCAUUGAGAAAUUAAAUUAUAUUCUUUUCGAUUACAAAAAAAUAAUUGAUGCAGAAGGUGUAAGUACUUUGUUUCUUACAACACAAAUAAUACCUAGUGCAGCCGAAGAUGGUCAAAUAACAGAAUUCACAACUAGUACCUCAAGUCUUUAUGUAGAUGAGGUUAAAAAGGCCUUAUUGCAAAAUACAGCUUCUGUCAACACUGAAGAAAAUAAUGAAGGUAGCGCAAGUCGAACAUAUAAGACUGGUUUAGUACGAUUAAUAGAUGGCACGAAAAUAGCAAAUUCAACUACAACACUCUACCAGUCAAAAGUUAUUGGAACAAUUAUAAAUAAUAGAUAUGCACAAAUUAUAGAAAGUACAUCAAGUUUCUUAUAUGAAACCACAAAGUUUCAGCAACAAAAUUCCGUUUUGGUUCCCACACCUACCCCAACCGAAAAUAUAAUUGGAAUAACUCAGCAAGCUGUACUUUCAUCAGAAGAGACAACUGAGACUAAUAUAGAAUCAUCAGAUGAAAAUAUAGAUGAAAAGGACUUGCAGCACGAUAACAUUUUGUCGAAAAAACGCACUUUUACUCCUGUUAUACGUCCAUUUGCUUCACGUAAUCGACCACUAUUUGCACCAAAAAAAAAUAAUCUUCUUCCCAGCAGUGCAACAAUAAUUACAAGAAGUGAUUUCACACCUACCAUUACUGCGACACCUGCUCUAAAAUCAACUAAUAAUCGUUUUGGCUCAACACGUAAAAGUUCGUCUAUUAAUACUUCAAAUUUCAAUCCGAGUUCAUCGCGCCGUUUUAGUCGUCCAAGCAGAAUUAGCAAUAAUGGAAGUCAAAUAUAUACUUCGUCAACCACUGGUAUCAAUUUCGGUGGAAUAAGAAAUCGAUUAAGUUCAAGUAUCCAGCUUUCUUCUUUGCCAGGAGGGAGAAGGUCUUCAUCUUUAUUAAGACCAACAUCUGCUGGAAACUAUCGCUCACCAUUUUCAAGCGUUUAUGCAGGUAAUUCACGACUUCGCAUUAAAUCGACAUCAACAUUCAACGCGGCACAACAAAUUACAUUAAAAACUCAAAAACCUGAAAAUGAUAUAAGUGAAGAAGAAACCUCAACCAAAGAAACCCCAAAUGAUGAUGACGAUGCGAAUGUGGAGGCAGUUAACUCUAACAAAUUAAAGCAAAACAACUCGUUAUUGCGUUUCAGAAGACCACUCAGCCGUCCGAGUGGUUUUACCCUUACAAACCGGCCAAUUAUUUCAAAUAAUUCAAUUUCGUCUCGUAGAAGUCCUAUAAGUGGACGCAGUAAAGACCAAACAACAACGACUUCUACAGCAAUAUCAACGACAUCAAAACCUGCACAACCACGCAGUUUUCAAAGACCUGUAGUUAAUUUAAACCGUUCUCGCCCACAAAGUAGUUUAUUUCCUCCACGUGGACUAUUUCAACCAAAAUCUAUAUCUACUGCAGUAGAAGAACCUAUUACCGACAAAAAAACAAACGUUGAGGAAACAGACAGUGAUGAUGACUCUGAAUAUGAAGAUGAUGAUGAUGCUGAAGUAGACUCUUUAGACGAUGAUGGCAAUCGUCGAAGACGUUCAAAUACAAAGCAAGUCCAGAAGUUAAAAACAAAUAAUUUAUUGAAUAAAAAUAUUAACGAUAAACUAAUAGGGAGAGUAAAGAACCGUUCAGACAAGAAAAGAGAACGACGAAGUGCAGAAAACAAUUUUUCAAACAGAAGUAAUUUGCGUACUAACUUUCGACGUGGAAGACCAACCACAUCAAAUGAACCACAAAGUUACAAUACAGAUGACAUUGGAUCUGUCACUCCUAUAAGUACAACAACAACGCGUUCACGAUUAUCAUCGCGUUUUGGUACAAGGUAUCAAAUUUUUGGUAUGCAACAUGCGACCACAGCCGCAAUAACUACAACAGCAAAUAAUAGAGCUAUUCGACCAACUCGACCAUCAAUUGGACGAACGCAAUUUACAUUGCGAGAAAAAGAUGCAACAACAGCAACCCAAAAAGGAUUAUCUAGAACAUCUAGCACUUCUUCCUUUCGCAGACCAAAAACAUCUACUGCAUCCACUAGACGAACUAGUCAUACAUCACCAAACAACAGACGUUUAAAAAACUUUGCCACUAAUAAUGUUCCUCUCGACAAUAGUAGAACAACUAUUUCUCGUAACAGAAACAGUUCAAAUAAUCGAGGCCGAGGAAUGACCACUGUGCGUUCUCGUAGCCGUAAUGAAUUCGUUGAACCUAUCUUCGAUGGCAUUAUUACUAUCACACAUGUUGUGCCAGCAGAAGCAACAAUACCUGUUGUAAAUGGUAAAAUAACAGAAUACAAAAAUAUAAUAACAGCUAAAACGAGCACUGAAGUAGUCAGCUCACAACAAUAUACGAGAUAUGUAGGAAAUAAUGGUCAAACAACGCUAGCACUAGUUCAUGAGGAGUCAAGUACAAAUUUUGCUGGAGCAACGGAAGUAACACAAUUUAUUUUACAUGAAACACCCACUACAUCUGUAACGUUUACUCCAACAACCAUACGUGGCCGAAAGACAUCAUUUUCCCAUAUUAUUCCGUCCACUAUUUAUUCAGUUGAAAAUGUUGUGUCAACUUUACAGCCACAAAUUUCAGCUAAUGCUCCACUAGCUAAUAUUCUUUUAUCUCAACUUCUACUUGGUAAUAUUGGCUUACCCUCAAAUCCACUACUAGAGGCGUUAGGUGGAGCAAUAACACAGUCAAUGCAAAUACCUGCUGUAUCAAAUUUAGCUCCACCAGUACCGGUAACUGAGUUUCGUACACAUACAUCUACAUACGUUACAACUUUAUUUGAGGGAACGUCAACUGUUUUGCCAGUAACAUUUCAGGGAAAAAAGAUUUUAACUACUAUUUUUGAUACUUCAGCAGAAACAAUUACUGCUACGGAGUUCAUAACAGACACUAUUGUUACAACCCCAACACUUCAACAGCAACCAGCAGCUCAAGUUAAUAGUUUGCUAUUACAACAACUAUUGCUUCAGCAGCAACCUCAACAGCAAGUGGAGAAUUCAUCAAAAAAUACGAUUUUACCGAAACAAUUACUUUAUAAUGAAAAUCUCCAAGAUAUUGAUACAAAUAACGUAAGAAUGUCUUCUGAAAACGAUGAUAUUGAUGAUGAAAUUCGAGUGAUAGAAGAAACAUUAAGCCAUAAAACUGGAAGAAAAAAACUAAGAAAAUCAGGUAAAGGAUCUAAACGAAACAAGCAACAAAAGCAACUAGAUGAAGAUCAAAAUAGCAGUGUCAUCACAUUGUAUGUUUCGGGACGUCGUCCAGGUGAAUUCAGUACUAUUCUAUCAACAGUAAAAGCCGAUUAUGAAUCAACGUUACAUAAGCGGGAGGCCGAUUCAAAUAUUCAUGCUACCACAGCUAUAGAAAAUAUUGAAGACUUUUAUACUAGCGAUGGUAGUGAAAAGAUCAAUAACUAUGCUAUUCCCGAUGUUAUCGACAGUGCUCCAGAAGUUCAACGACCCCAUGUGAAUAAUGAAGAUACUGAUUUGAUAUUAGCAUUUAAUUCAAUUGAACCAAAUUAUGAUAUUCAGCAACAAACUGAAUCAUUAGAGAGCAUAGUGGGUGAUGUUAUUUUGUGGCAUGCGAAAACAACACAUAACUUAUCUAAAAUGACAAAAACGAAUUCUAUGGAAGUAGUUUCAACAAUGCAUUUAACAAAUGUAAAACAUUUUCAAGAAAACGAACUGUCAAAUAUACAUUUUUUAGAAUAAAGGACCUUACUCAGCACAACCAAUCCCAGCUCGAGUUAAAGGUCAAUUUAUGCAUUCCUACCAAAUAUAUAUUUAUCGCAUUUGAUAGUAAGUUAAAAUAUGACUACACGAUAGAAAGUAUUGGUACUAGUAACCGUGAAAAAAUUUACGGACAAAGUGAAAACUGUACAAAAUUAUCAAAUGAUUUAUCUAAUAUCACUUCACCCUCACCAUCUAAAAAAUUUAGUUCGGAUAUUAGAAAAAAAAGAUCUAUAUUUACUGAAAAACCGGACCAAAUAAUUGCCAAUAAGUACCAAACAAAGGAUGCAACAGACCAAAACAAUUCCACAAUUUUAAAACGAAAUAUACGUAAACUCUUAGUCCGUAAGCGGCUUUUAAGCAACAAAACCGAAUUAAUCAGAACUGUUGAACCAUUUAAACGACUGCGAGUAAUUAAAAUUAAACAGUUAAAAACACCACAGGAGAAGCAAUAUUCUUUUACUGUGAUUGAGGGAAAUAACGCACAUGUAAAUGUUAUUGACACCAAAACUCCUACUACAGGAACGGAGAGAAGUUCUGAUAUUGAAUUUCAAUCCACACCAAAUUUACUAAGUGCUAUUGACGCAGUGGACCUAACCUCCAUUACAACAGUCCCAUCAAAUACACCAAAAAAUUCUACAGAAAUUUCAAUUACACCUGUGGAAAACAGUUCAGAAAUAAAAGGGAAAAUUAAAGCGACAAGAACUCGGAAACAGUGUAAAAAGCCCAUAUGCAGAAAUGAGAAGAGCAUCCGAAAUAAAAAUAAAGUUAAGAACAAUCACUUAUUUACUGAGCUAAACUCAUCGAUGACCAUAUUAUUUCAUCCGACAUCGGUUGAAACAAAAGCUUUGUUUACAACUUCAAUUUUUGUUACAACAAUUCAGCGAACAUAUACCGCAAUUGUUGACCGCGUUCACAAUGGGGAGCAUGAAAUACAGUCGACUACAAUUUUACGUGAUUACACAAAAACUCUAACAACGACCGUCUCUCUUACGACAUAGCAAAUAGCAACACAAUUAAUAUCUCACGUAUAAGUCCAUCGAUGUAAUAAAAACAUAGUAUAGAUAAAAGAGCAGCUGCAAAUUAUACAUGUAGUACAAUACUACCUGAAACUAGAACAAAUGAACUGGAAAAAUCGACACGGAUCUUUUCGAGGCGCAG